UUACAGCGAGAAGAAUUUGUAUAAAUACCAAAAGGUUCUGCGUAUUUCUUCAUUAGAGUUUCGGUUUUACUGUAGUGAACAACUCAACUUCAGCAGUCAAGAUGAAACUUUUCCUCGUUGCUUUUGCUGUGAUAGCAGCUGUGGCCGCUGAUGUCGCCAACCUGCCCGUCAAUGAGUACUUGCCCCCUGUGCAGCAGGAUGUCCAGACCGUUGCUCUUCCCAGCAACGAGUAUCUGGCUCCAAUCAACCAGGAGCCAAUCAACCAGGGCUCCCUGGACGUUGAUGGAUACCGUUACAAGACCAACCGUCGCGUUGUUGUCCGCCGCAACCGUCGUGAUGUGAACGAGCUGCCCUCCAACGAGUACCUGCCCCCAGUGCAGAUCAGCCAGCCACUCCCAUCCAACGAGUACUUGCCUCCUGUCCAGAAUGUUGAGCCUGUUCCCGCUCAUGAGUUGGCCGAUGAUGGUUACCGUUACAAGACCCACCGUCGUGUUGUCCUCCGUCGCCACCGUCGUGAUGUGAACGAACUGCCCUCCAACGAGUACCUGCCCCCUGUUGAGGUGUCAGUUCCCUCCAACGAAUACCUCGCUCCAGUCUCCAACGUUGUUGAUGACUCCCAGGGCCAGAUCGCUGUUGAUGGUUACCGUUACAAGACCAACCGCCGUGUUGUUGUUCGCCGCAACCGUCGUGAUGUGAAUGAGCUGCCCUCCAACGAGUACCUGCCCCCAGUGCAGAUCAGCCAGCCACUCCCAUCCAACGAGUACUUGCCUCCUGUCCAGAAUGUUGAGCCUGUUCCCGCUCAUGAGCUGGCCGAUGAUGGUUACCGUUACAAGACCCAACGUCGUGUUGUCCUCCGUCGCCACCGUCGUGAUGUGAACGAACUGCCCUCCAACGAGUACCUGCCCCCUGUUGAGGUGUCAGUUCCUUCCAACGAAUACCUCGCUCCAGUCUCCAACGUUGUUGAUGACUCCCAGGGCCAGAUCGCUGUUGAUGGUUACCGUUACAAGACCAACCGCCGUGUUGUUGUCCGCCGCAACCGUCGUGAUGUGAACGAGCUGCCUUCUAACGAAUACCUGCCCCCAGUGCAGAUCAGCCAGCCACUCCCAUCCAACGAGUACUUGCCUCCUGUCCAGAAUGUUGAGCCUGCUCCCGCUCAUGAGCUGGCCGAUGAUGGUUACCGUUACAAGACCCACCGUCGUGUUGUCCUCCGUCGUCACCGUCGUGAUGUGAGCGAGCUCUCCAACAACUAUCUGCCCCCUCUUGCUGCCCCAUCCAACGACUACUUGCCACCCGUCCAGACCGCUGUCCCUCAAGUCCAGAUCUCUGAGCCUUCCGUCAUAGAUGUCGGUGUGCCAGCUGUCGAGACUGAGGUCGGUCCUGAUGGUUACCGUUACAAGACUAACCGCCGUGUCGUCUACCGUCGUCGUCAUUAAAGCCUCAUCUGAAAUGUUUCACUAAGUGAUCAACUUGUGCUCAUUUUGGAGUGCAAGUUAAAUAAUAUGUAAGAAAAUUUCAUUUUUUCGCUAACGAAAUAAAAUUACUACGAAAAUA